GGCCGACGGCAUAUUAAUUCACCUUGCUUCUCUUGGGUCUUUUCCAAUACGCAACCCUACGAGGUACCGAAUUAUCCUGCCCAGUAUCGUAUCCUCGCCCUGUCCUCCAAAAUCACGUAUCCGUUUGUAUCCGACGCCUCUCAGCAUGACCGAUCUGGCAAUCCUGGCGUCAAGCAGCAAUGAAGUCAAGGUCACAGCUGCUCGGACCGGCUACAUCCCCGGAACGUGCUUAAACUGCCGGCGUCAAAAGCAGCGUUGCGACAGGGUCCUCCCUCAAUGCUCACGUUGUACCGCGAAAGCAGUUCGAUGUGUCUACCCAACGAAGACGGAUGUACAAGGCCGCGGGCUGGCACCGAUAUCCAAUGGCACGGCUGACAUGUUGAUGCCGUGUUCCAGUCCUUGUCGGUUCCAUCUAUCUCCUCUUGGCGAGCGCAACUUGCUCUGGGCAGCUUGCUCAAGCAACGGCUCAUAUGUCGAAGGAGAUUCUCCCCAGCCGUCACUGUCUCGUCUCGUCAGAGAUAUUUUUGGCCUUGCUUCCAUUGAUAUAAUAGAUGUUGUAGCCAAAUAUUUUAGUCUCGCCUAUUACUGGUUUCCUUUCUCGGACAAAGAUGCCAUCUACGGUGAAGUAGCGCAAUUUAUCUCGGGCGGCGCGGCCAAUCACGACGAAUUUGCUCUGCUGCUUCUUUCUAUGCACGUAUUUUCGGAGAGCACUUGCGAGUAUUCGCCUCGCCCGGCACAGAGUGCUUUAUACCGCACCUCACGGCAGCUUUUUGUCGUUCUGCAGUCAUCUCCGGACGUUCAACUCCGUAUUUUGCUGCAAUGUGGAAUCAUCCUAACGAUGUACGCGUGCGGUCAUGGAUUGGGCAGAGACGCCUAUGAAACCCUAACAAUAUGCAUUGGUCUCAUUCGCCGGCUCAGCUUCAACGAAUUUGUGGCAGGAUCAAAGGAGAGUGCGAUUAAAGACUAUCACAGCCAACUAGAGCUAGAUCUCUACUGGAGCGCAAUAAUCUUAUUGGAUCGCACUAUCGCUUUGUCCACUAUCGAUCACUGCCUACCAUAUCUAGUAGAGGAGGCUCACCUCCCCCCAAACUCUGCCAUCUUGAGAGUAACACAAGCCGAUCUCUACUCACAAGAUUCUAUCCGAAACUUCUUGGCUAGAGCAGAACAUGCCAUCCAGAUGUGCAGUGAAAUUGGUAACUACAUCCGCACAACUGAAGGAAGUAAUUUUCCUAUUUGCGAAACUAUUGCUAUGACUCUUAGUGCUUUGAUUAUGCUAUAUCGCACGAACGACUACUAUAAAGUUUCAAGGAAUAACCCGAAAUCUAUAUUGACCUUCAAUUGCGCGCGCAACAUGAUUAUAGAGACAUGUCGUGCCGAAUCUGAAUGGCUCAAGAGGCAUGGAUGGUUCAACAGCACCAGACCAUGCUUCAUAGGUUUAUGUUGCUUAUACGGUGCCGCUGCUCACCUAGACGAGCUUUGUGCAGAUGGACUAUCCGCAGAAGAUAAGGGUACUCUCAGAAACGCCGUAUCGGGAUUCGCAGCACGCUGGAAGAUUUCAGGUAUGAGAGUUCUUUUUUUUUUUUUUUUUUUUUUUUCUUUCACUUUGGCCACGUUGGCGUUUCAAAAGAUAAAUUUUCUAAUCAAGUGA